CCUGUCAGGCGUUUGUAUCAGAGAAAUGUGAAGAUAGAGUAAAACAAAUAAAAUUUCCAUUUGUAAAAACAAAAACAUAGUUAUAUGAGUAUUAUAUACCAGUGUAAAAUAACCUGUAACAUUUACAUUGCCUGCAAUAAUUUGGAGAAAAAAAAUGAAAUCACAGCACACAGAUUGACGUCAUCUUCAAACCAAACCCUGACUUAAGUCUGCUGCAAACACAGAAGUGUCUGACCAGAGUUGAGGUGGGUUCACCCUCCACUACAUCUCUGCUAAUGUCCAUGUGGGAAGCAACACAGAACACAUACCACAAGCCAAACACAACUCACCGGAGGAACGAGGGGGGGGGGAGAAAAGAAUUGGGGCUUGAGAAAGUUCCCAUGCGGAUUGGUCGAUGUGGUCGUCGACGCCGAUGACGUGGCGCUGUGAAACACGUGGGCCGCGGCAUCCAGAGCUCACAUAAACAAAGCCACAUUGGCCAGACUGGGUAGUCGAAGCUCGUGUCGCUGUCAGUGCGCGGAGUCACACGGUUCGCCUGCCUGGCAUCGUUGGGUACCGACGCUCGCGAUUUGGAGCUUUUACCGAAAUUGAUGAAUACCUCCUGCAUGCUUAUCGCAUGGAUUGAAAGGCACGAUCCUGAUGUGAAAGAGGGGACAAUCCAGAACAGAGCCGCCUUUUUGAAUCCGGACACCCACACAGCUCCUGACAUUAUCCAUUUCAAGUGUCACCGGGAAACUGUCAGAAGACUUGAGCCAUGCCCUGCGUCCAGGCUCAGUAUGGAUCAUCACCCCAAGGAGCCAGUCCUGCUUCCCAGAGCUACAGCUACCACGCCGCGGGAGAGUACAGCUGCGACUUCCUAACACCCGAGUUUGUUAAGUUUAGCAUGGACUUGACCAACACUGAGAUCACAGCCACCACUUCCCUCCCGAGUUUCAGUACGUUCAUGGACAACUAUAACACCGGCUACGACGUGAAACCGCCCUGUCUGUACCAGAUGCCCCACUCUGGAGACCAGUCCUCCAUCAAGGUGGAGGACGUCCAGAUGCACAGCUACCAUCAGCAGGGCCACCUGCCGCCUCAGUCGGAAGAAAUGAUGGCUCACUCGGGGCCUAUGUAUUUCAAGCCCUCCUCGCCUCACGCGCCGAGUACGCCAAACUUCCAAGUGCAGCCCAAUCACAUGUGGGAGGACCCGGGCUCCCUCCACAGCUUCCACCAGAACUAUGUCGCGGCCACGUCUCACAUGAUGGACCAGCGCAAGAAUCCGGUGUCGAGGCUGUCGCUCUUCUCCUUCAAGCAGUCCCCGCCCGGCACCCCCGUGUCCAGCUGCCAGAUGCGCUUCGACGGGCCGCUGCACGUCUCCAUGAACCACGACAACCCGGGCGCGCACCGCGGCCUGGACGGCCAGAGCUUCGCGGUGCCCAGCGCCCUCCGGAAGCAGGCGGGCCUGGCCUUCCCCCACUCGCUGCAGCUCGGGCACGGGCACCAGCUGGUGGACAGCCAAGUGCCGUCGCCCCCGUCCCGAGGAUCUCCGUCAAACGAGGGUCUGUGCGCGGUGUGUGGGGACAACGCAGCCUGCCAGCAUUAUGGAGUGCGAACCUGCGAGGGCUGCAAAGGAUUUUUCAAGCGCACCGUCCAGAAAAAUGCGAAAUACGUGUGUUUAGCAAAUAAAAACUGUCCUGUUGACAAACGCCGAAGAAAUCGUUGCCAGUUCUGCCGUUUCCAGAAGUGCCUUGUCGUCGGAAUGGUGAGAGAAGUUGUCCGAACAGAUAAUCUCAAAGGUCGGAGAGGACGCCUCCCGUCCAAACCCAAAAGUCCCCAGGAGCCCUCCCCGCCCUCGCCGCCCGUGAGCCUCAUCAGCGCGCUCGUUCGGGCCCAUGUGGACUCCAACCCCUCCAUGUCGGCUCUGGACUACUCCAGAUUCCAGGCGAACCCUGACUACCAAAUGGCUGGAGACAACACGCAGCACAUCCAGCAGUUCUACGACCUGCUGACGGGCUCCAUGGAGAUCAUCCGGGGCUGGGCGGAGAAGAUCCCCGGCUUCUCUGAUUUACCGAAGCAGGAUCAAGAUCUCCUCUUCGAGUCCGCCUUCCUCGAGCUGUUCGUGCUGCGGCUGGCGUACAGGUCCAACCCAGUGGAAGGCAAGCUUAUUUUUUGUAAUGGAGUUGUGUUACACAGGCUACAGUGCGUCCGCGGAUUUGGAGAGUGGGUGGAUGCUAUUGUGGAGUUUUCUUCGAACUUGCAGAGCAUGAACAUAGACAUCUCCUCCUUCUCCUGCAUCGCAGCCCUGGCCAUGGUAACAGAACGACACGGCCUGAAGGAACCCAAGCGAGUCGAGGACCUCCAAAACAAGAUCGUCAACUGCCUAAAAGAUCAAGUGGCAUUCAGUGGCGGCGGAUUGAAUCGUCCCAACUACUUGUCGAAACUCUUGGGAAAGCUCCCCGAACUGCGCACACUAUGUACCCAAGGUCUGCAGCGUAUCUUUUACCUAAAACUAGAGGACCUAGUCCCCCCGCCAGCAAUAAUUGACAAACUGUUCCUCGACACGCUGCCGUUCUGAGUCGGACUCGACGGCCGAGACCUCAGAGAACUUCCAAAAGACUGUGCGAGUCAGACCGGACAGAUUUUUCAAAACGAUAUUACUUCUGAAUAUGUGCAAGCUCCGUAGGCUAAUAGAUCGACAUUAUGUUUCAUGGAAGAACAAAAACAAACAAAAAAAAGAUAAAGGGGAGGAAGAGACAGUUUGAUUGCUGUGUAGGCCUUUUAAUUCCCUGGUUUUCUUUCUUUCUUUCCUUUUUUUUUUUUUUAAAGUGCCAAAACACAUUGUCAAAGUUAAUCCGGUUUGAUCAAUCACUUACUGUUUAUUUAACAUCGGCUCUACUGAUUCAGUAUACUCAGAUGUAAUAUAUUCCAUUUAUAUAUAUUUAUAUAUAUAUAUAUGACCACACAGACACACACGCACUCACACAUACACACGCACACACUGUAUAUUAUAAUAGAUUAUGUGAUGCCUCCGAUGCAUCGGUUUAUAACGUGUACAAAGUUUGUUACGAUGAAAAUAUUUGAUUUUUCUUUUCUGACUCGUGCCUAUGUGUUUCUGACAGGAUCCCAAAAAGUAUCCAGAAAAGACAACGCAUGUUCUAGUUUACCUUCUUUCCCCCUCCGUUUUUUUUUUCUUCUUUUUCUUUUAUAGGCACUUGCUGAGGUGAUGUCUAUAUAUAAUAUAUACCGGACACUAUGUAGUCUGCUAGAUUUGAUACAGAUUCGUAGUUAUGGCACUCCUUUUAUGUAUUACGCAUAUGUGGAAAAAUAUCUCAUCUGUAUAGAAAAUGAGGGACCCAUGGUGUUUGUAAAACUGUCAGACAUUCCUUGUUUGUAUGUGCUGUAAGUAUUGUUGCUGUUGAAUAUAAACGUUUCUAUAUAUUUAUUAUUUCUAUUGCCAAGAGCUACACUAGCAUGGUGCAAUUUAAAACGAUUUCCAACCAUCCAAGUUCCCGCUGAGCACGUUGUCUAUGUUUUAUGUCUUAUGAACGUCUAGGUAGUUAUGAUUUGACACGUUUUGGAAAUGAGGAAAGAAAAAAAUAAUCUCCAUCUUAUAACCGAGAGGUUCAUGAGUGUGUGCUCUGCAGUAUAGGCCCCACGUCUUUGACAUCAUGAUGUACCUAUCUUACGACUUCUGUAACGCAUUUGGUGCCGAGUUCAAAAACUUUAGAGAGAAAGAAAUAUUUAAUGUUUACAAAUAAAACUUUUAAAUCAAUUCCUUGCUAAAUAAUUUCUCUGAUUAAUUGAUUUAUCCUUUAAAUCCAGGCGCAUCUGACUGAAA